AUGCUGUCAAAAGCUUUACUGGGUCUCGCGCUGGCCGCCGCGCCCCUACCGCUGGCACGAGCCGACGGCUUGGGCGGCACGAUUGUCGAGGCUGGAGAUACUCUUGUUUCCGCUAUGAUGAUGUUUGUGGGCAAGACGAGCAAGGUGUAUAUUCUGGACAAGGUCGAGGGCAACGCUGAGCAGAUCAACGGCCAUUCAUUAUACGCCUCUGUCUGGGACCUCGAGUCCAAAACGGCGACAGCAAUGGACGUACAAACCAACCCUUUCUGCGCCAAUGGCAUGCACUUGCCGAAUGGCUCUUUUGUUGUGUUCGGCGGGAACAACGCCGUCGGUCCUGGCGGCGAUAAUCAUAUCGAAGGGAGCACGACAACGUUCGACCCCACAUAUCAAGAUUACGGCGGGACGAAGGCUAUUCGUCUGAUUACGCCGUGUGACGGCGAUGUGAACACCGAUGCGGGGUGUACGUGGGUCGACAGCCCGAACGGGCUGCAGAUGCAGAGUUCGCGGUGGUACCCCGGUGCGGAGGCGUUAGGGAACGGCUCGGUCAUCAUUAUUGGCGGUUUCUCGUCCGGAGGGUACAUCAACAGGAAUUACCCGAAUAAGGACCCCUUUUACUCGGGCGGUGGUAGCAACCCGACGUACGAGCUCUACCCGAAUAACGGUGUUACCGAGCGGGUGAUGAACUUCAUGGGCACGACCUCUGGUCUCAACUCGUACCCGCUUACGUAUCUGCUCUCAUCCGGCAAGCUCUUCGUGCAGGCCAACUACUCGACCAUUCUGUGGGACGCCGACAACAAUAUCGAAACGCCGUUGCCUGACAUGCCCAAUCAGAUCGUCCGCGUUUACCCUGCGUCGGGCGCCAAUGCGAUGAUGCCGUUGACUGUUGCGAACAACUACGAGCAGACAGUUUUGUUCUGUGGUGGAUUCUUCAUGGAGGACGACCAGUGGGGAGACUUCACUUACCCGUACAUCAACACCUGGGAACAGGCGUCAAGCGCUGACUGUCAGCGCAUGACACCCGAGCCCGCUGAUGGUUCCACGCCCGCGUACGAGCAGGAUGAUGACAUGCCGACCGGUCGCACUAUGGGCCAGUUCAUCCUGCUGCCUGACGGCAAGAUGCUCGUGGUUAACGGUGGGAAGAACGGCACAGCUGGAUACGGUACAGCGACCAAGGUCACGGUGCAGGCUGCAAUGCCCUUUGGGGAAUCGUACGCCGCCGAGCCCCAGGGUCAACCUGCUAUUUACGACCCUACCGCGGCCAAGGGCUCUCGUUGGAGUACCGACGGUCUCGCAACCUCGAGCAUCCCGCGUCUGUACCACUCGUCGGCUUUACUCCUUCCGGAUGGCUCGGUCAUGAUUGCUGGUUCAAAUCCGAACAUCGACGCCAACAUCACUUCGCUUGUGCCUUUCCCCACGACUUACAAAGCCGAGUACUUCUACCCGCCGUAUUUCAGUGCUUCGACGCGCCCCGUGCCCUCCGGUAUCCCCGACAAGCUCACAUACGGUGGCGACUACUUCAACAUCACAGUUCCCGCGUCUUCCUACUCGGGCGACGCAAAUGAUGCCGCGAACGCUACCGUCAUCUGGAUCUCUCGUCCUGGCUGGACGACGCACGCAAUGAACAUGGGUCAACGUAUGCUACAACUGAACAACACAUACUCGGUCUCGUCAGACGGUACAAUGACCUACCACGUCGCACAGCUCCCGCCAAACGCGAACCUCUUCCAACCCGGCCCUGCCUACGUCUGGGUAACAAUCGACGGUAUCCCCUCAAACGGAACAUAUGUUAUCGUCGGCUCAGGCAACCUCGAAACCCAACCUACCUCCGCCGCUUCCGUGCUGCCCGACAGCGUUCGCGCAGAAGGUGCCAGCGGCACAGGGUCAGGCUCCGGCACGAGCGGCUCGGGAUCGUCGGGCACAGACGCAGCAGGAAACAGCACAUCCAGCACUUCCCACACGGGCGCCAUCGUUGGCGGCGUCGUAGCAGGCGUCGCCGCGAUCGGCGUGAUCGGCGCCAUAAUCGGUAUUUGCCUCUCGCGCAAACGCCGCGCAGCCGCUCGCGGCGCUAACACGGGGAUGGGCGAGAAGUACGCGAUGGACGCUAUGGCUGCUCCGAGACCUGGGUACGCACAAAGCCCGUACGGAGCGGAUAUGCGCAACAGCGAUGCUACGGCGUUCGAGCCGCUCGCGCAGGGCGAUUAUGGUUCGAGCGCGAAGCUUGUUGGUGGAGAUAGUGGACGCUCGUCAAGUCCGUACCGCGACGAUUACAACUAUAAUGACUUGAGUAGGGCGGGGACGCCUAGUAAUGCGCCGUACGACCCGUACGCUGGGCAGCCGCAUGGGGGGAGCAACUUGAACCCUGGCCGGUACCAGUGA